CUGUCAUAUAAUAAACUAGAUAGUGAAUGUCAGAUACUUAAAUAUUAAAGUUAGAAUUGAGUAUAUUACAACACUUCAUAUUUUUAUGUUGCUACAAUACUAAAAAAUAUAUAUUUGCAGCACAAUUUUAAUUCAAAAUUCUUAUUCUUCUGACUCUUAAACUCCAAUGCAUUGCUUGCACCAUGAAGUAAUCUAUCUUUUCAAACUAUUUCACUUAGCUCAAUCGUGAACAUAACUUCUUCAAUGACGUCUCUGGUUCAUGAUUGUCAUUGAAUUUAGAAUAUGCUAUAUAUGUUAUGCUACAUAUGAAAGGAAAUCUUCAUUGUCACUUCAGAUUUUUUUUUUUUUGGCAGAAUCUUCACAAAUAAAAAUGAAAAGAAAAGGACAUGUAUUGAAAAUCUGUCAUCUUUAGACAAGAAAAUGUAAGUUGCUUCUUUUACUUUUUUGAUCGGUAAAUUACUUCUUUUACUUAAGUUCAUGUCUUGUAGUUAAUGUAGUUUUUGGAGUUCGAUAAUUGUUAGUAUCUGAACCUCUGGGCACGAUAUUUAAUAUUUUAAAUGUUUCUCUUAGUUUAUAUAUGUUCCGUUUAAUUGGCUUCCUCUUCUAAUUCUCUGGCUUUGCACAUAUAUGUAGGAUGAUGAACCUCAUUUUCUACACUCGACUUCUUUUAAUUUUUUGAAUGGAGAUGUGCCUUGUUUCUUCUUUCUAUUGUGAUAUUAUAUGUUUUACCUUAUGCCACCAGUGACCAAACAAUUCGACAACUACACUUCAUACCUUUGCUCUACUGUUUUCUUCUCCCAGUUAUUCCUGUAGAAUAACAUGGAUGAUUGGUAGAUAUUAAUCUCUCUUAUAAUUUUUCAAGAGAAAAGGAUUAGAAGACCAUCAAUUUCAAAUUGAAAUUGAAGUAUGAAAAAGAAUUAGACAUUUCGGUAAAGUAGUUUGUUAUGGAAGUCUGUUGUGCUAAAGUUACAUAAUAUUCACAAACACGUUGGCAGAUGGAGGAUUAAUGAGUGACUCGUGUUUGUGGACAAUCUGGAACUAGCAAAUAUAUUGUGGUUUCAACGAGAAUGGUGGAACUUGUCAAAUUUUGGAAGUUUAAUAUCUUAGACAAUUCGUAAGGAUAGAUACAAUUAUAACUGAGCUCAGCUUCCUUUUAGUUUUUUAUAUUCUAUAUGUUCUGUCACUGAUUGUGUGCACCUCUGGUUUUUGAAUAGUUGACUGCAAAUGGAAGUCCAAAAGCCUUUUCAUGAGCAGCCUAAGAUUCAAAGAAAAUUGCAGCUUCGAAUAGAAGAACAAGGGCGUCACCUUCAGAUGAUGUUUGAGAAGCAGUUCAAGUCGUGCAUGGACUUCCUCAAGGGGACUUCAUCCACGAUUGAGAACCCCUUAAAGGACUUCAUGGAUUCAGUGGGAAAUGCUCUCUCCAAAGAUGACUCGGGAGAACAAGUCGAGGGUAGUGAAACAAGCGGGAAUUCAUCUAAUGUACCCAUAGGGGAAAUUCACGGGAUGUUGGAGAGAAACAUAAAGCUCAUGAGUCUGAAGUAGUUGGAAAUUGUGAAGCAAGUGUAGCUGGCGCGUCCAAUUUGUUACCAUGCAAGCAUGCUAAAGUGCAUGGUUAGGUUGUCUAAAUCCUGCAUAAGACUGAAUUGAUAAGGAGCUCUAGAACUCUGUAGUCCUUAGGAUGAAUUCUUAUGGGCAUUGGCUUAUGUUCUCCUCAACUUUUAGCUUAUAAGCAACUUAAGAUUCUACUUUUUGGCUGUCAUAUACUUGGAUUCCUUUGACAUUUGUCUGAGAAAAUGGAUACGGAAGAAUUUUGGUUUGAAAAUGAAGCCACCUUUUUGCUCCAUGGUUUGAGUUAUGAUCUCCAUGAGAGUUUAGCUUUGUA